AUGUUGUCGGAUGAAACAAUCUCCAACUUAAAAUUAUGUCGUAAUACUCGACAAGAGCCACCUAGUGUGUCUUUGGCUGUUUCUCAAAACCAAUUGCAACUCCCAACAUUACAACGAAAGAAAAUCGAUCGUGUACCGUCAUCACGCUCAUCAAAAUCAGUGAUUGAUGCUAAAAAACGCUCAGUUAGUGAUGCUUGUAUGGCAGCGGCUAUAGGUGAUUUAAAUUGGCUAAAACAAAGUUUGAAAGAUUCAUACACAGAGCAUACCUACGGAAAAGAGGUAGAAAGAUUGGGAUUAGCUCCUAUUCAUUUAGCAGCAUUGCACGGCCGUCUAAAUUGUCUUGCAUAUCUUGUUGAAACAAUUCAUAUUGAUGUGAAUAUGCCAAGCACGACAGGAUGGCGACCAAUUCAUUUAUGUAUCAAUAAAGAGACGGAUAAAAGAGCUUAUCAAUGUUUAGAUUAUUUGAUUAAACACGGGGCAUUAUUAAACAUUACAAAUGAUGAUAACUUAACUCCUAUUCACCAAGCAGCUUCCGAUGGUCACGUUCAAUGUUUAGAACUUUUAUUGCAACAUGAUGCUGAUGUAUACGCUGAAGACUCCCGAAAACAACUACCAAUCGAUUUAGCAAAGUUGUGGGGACACAAGAAAUGUGCAAAGUUACUCGCAGCAGCAAUGUGGCAUCAAAAUAAACAUAUAUCAGCUAAACAUCGAUUAUUGGCUAAACGAUCAAAAAUGCAAGAUAUUCUAAAUGAAAUUAAAUCCGAACAUGCCUUACUCUUUGAAGAAAAAGGAGAGGAAAAAUUCGAUCAAUGGCUUGUCAAUAUGGGUGUCACACCACCGGAGAAAAUCAAAACUGAAACAAAACAAAUUGAAUCAAAAGAAAAACCCUUAACACCAGAAAUCCAAUCAGGACUUAAGCGAGAGCAUUCACAUACAAAAGUAUCGAGUUCAAAAACUCGUGAAACCACAAGUGAUACCAUUGAUACUGAAACUUUAUUAGGAGAACAAGAGUCUGUUCAUCAUUCAAAUAUCAUACAAACAAAAUCAGCUUUAACGAACGUCAUUGGUACAAAACGAUGGGAUUAUUCGACACAUGUUAAACAGAAUUCCUACAUACCAGGCUUAGCCGACACUUAUCCAAGGGAUCCUUAUACAAUGAUGCCGGUAGAAGCUGAAGCUAUAGAUGUCUACAGAAUGUUGAAAGGUAUGACUAUAAACGAUGUACGCCAAUUUUUGUCAAAAACGUUAUCUACAAGAAAAUCUAUGCCACUAAAGUCCAAGUCACGCGAACGUCAAGUUGUCUUUGCUUCUUGUCAUGUCGACGAUUUAGAAAGAAAACACUUAACAUUGAAUGAUGAAACCAAAUAUUCUCGAUUUGAUGAAAGUGGAUGUCAUAUGAGUGAUGAUCCCCAAUCUAUAUUUUAUCAACGAUUGAGUCAAACAUUAAAACAGCAAGUUCCAAAAGAAAACCGAACAAAUGAUGACGAAGAAAAAUUUCAACUGUUCGAUCAAUAUGGUCCAGAAUUAGUUGCAUUUCUCAGAGAUCGAAAUGGGAAUUUCAAGCAAAAAUUUGAUAAAGUAUUUAUCACUUAA